GCAGAGUUUAAACAUAACAUCACGAUGGUGUUACAUGAUAUUAAAGGCUCUCCUUUUACUUGCAACAACACAUAUCUCAUCGACGAAAGAACGAUGGAUUUAUUCUGCGAUGGCCAGAUCUCAACUCAACAACUAACACUUAAAGGCAAAGACGUUGGUUUUCUGUGUUCUCUAAGUAUCAGUGGAGGUAAAGAAUCAAAGGACUAAAACAGUUUUUAAAACAUCAAUUUCUAUAUAUUGUAUAAUAAUUUUGUUGACUUUACACAUUUUUAAAUGCUUUAGGCUUGCCUUUGUUUUGUGGAAAACAUAAUCUUAAAUUGAAAAGAAUGAUGUAGCUUACAUUAUAACUUCAUAGUCGUUAAAAAAAAAAUUACUGAGGCAUUUGAAAUUUGCGCAUCAUUGAGAGAAUAGUUCGUAUUUAAGAGAGUGAAGUUAUAAUUCUGUUAUUUUCAGUGAUAUAUUUGAAAAUAUAUUUAAAUCUAUCUUUAUGUAUGAAAACAUAUUUUUCAACGACAAUUUGUUAUUCAUAAUGAUUUAAAGUAUGUGUAAAAAAACUAAGAGCAUACAAAUGCACUGAUAAACAUUAUUCAUUGGAACCAUAUUGUUGCAAGAUUUAAAACUCACGCACCUGUAUUCAACUCAUUUAAUUCUCCUAAAAUAGGUGAAACAAAGUGCAGGUCUUGUAUGAAAAAGGGGAUAUAGUUUAAAGUUAACAACAAAGGAGAGCGAAGCAGAUACAGUUCUUAAUUUUAUAAGAAUACUGAGUAACUUUGUAAAAUAAUGGUCCUAAAGAUCAAGGCUGAUACAAUUUUUGAUACAUUUAAAUAUAACAUUUCAUAUUCCAAUAUAUUUUGUUUUGAUGAUUUUUAGCAAUGAUGACUGUUUAUAAAAUUUUCGCGCCUCAAAUGAAAUUGUUUAGUUAAAAGUGUAACAACUUAUUUCAGGGCGCAAUGUUGCACUUAAACAAACAGCUAUGCAAUCAAGUACUUUAAAUUCUUAUCCGGCCGAUAAAGCUGUAGAUGGUAACCGAAAUACAGACUUG